AUGGAACUGACCGGAGAGCAGCUGAAAAUGGCUGAGAAUCAGCUGAAAAGAUAUUUACCUCGGUCGCAACAGGUGUAUGGUUAUUUGGUCCUCAGAAACAGAGUCAGAUCAGACCCAGUGAGAGUUUUUGUGGAUAGAUGGCCAGAGUUCAAUGUCAUUGUCUGCAAACCUCAAUAUGAACAGAAGGGGGAUCUAUUCAAAGACAUACCAGUUUUUGCAACUGAUCAAGCUAUUCUAGAGGACAUCAUAACGAAGUCCAACGUUCUGGACUGGACCCAGUUCAUUUGCAUUGGAAUCAAUCUUCGCCACAUGGAGAUACUCAAAGCAGUAGCAUCAGAAAAAGGCGUGUCCAGCAGCCAACUGGCAGUGUGUCACAUGAUGAUACUUAAGGAUGUUUCCAACCUUCCCUCUAUAGACAGCCCAGGGAUUUCACUAAGCUAUCUGGAUGAGUCCCACGUUGGCUUGGUGAAUCAGAUGUGGAAGUUUGCGAAGAACAAGGAAGCUGUGAGGAUGAUCCGGAACAUGCUCGCAAACUUCCCCUCCUGCUCUGUGCUGGACGCAGAAGGAAAGCCUGUGUCCUGGAUCCUGACCUAUGCCUCAUGUGCAAUGGGCAUAUUGUACACUCUGCCAGAGCACAGAGGGAAAGGAUACGCCAAUGUCCUGAUCAGCACCAUGGCCAAGAGACUACACGCUCAGGGCUACCCCGUGUACUGCUUCAUAGAAGAGGAGAACGAGACUUCCUACAAGCUCUUUAAAAACCUAGGCUUCACUCAGGACCCUUCACACAGGGAGGCCUGGUUUGGAUUCAAUGAUUGAAUGAAUGAACACCUCGAAGAAGACGAA